AUGGCUUUUGAUCUCCCAGUUAUCAUACUGUACCUGGCUAUACCAAGCCUCCUCCUAUCUGCAAUACAGCAAGUUCUACAAUGGAGGAAGAAGAAGGUCUCCCAGGCCAAGUUUCCUGGGCCAAAGCAAUUUCCCCUCGUGGGCAGGGUCCAUGACCUGCCGAGGUUUUCUAUGUGGAAGAAGUUCAAAGAGUGGGCAGACAUUCAUGGGCCCAUCUACCAGACCAGUGUUCCUGGCGCGACUUUCGUCAUCAUCUCAGAUGAGCAGAUCGCGGAGGAGCUCCUCAUCAGGAGGGGUCACAUCUACUCGGGACGGCCGCAGAUCAGAGCCCUAAUCGGCCACAAAGAGGGCAUUGAGUACCUCGCGUUGAUGGACCGCCAUGAUCACUGGCAGAAGCAGCGAAAAUGGGUACACGCCGCCAUGGCUGAGGCCUACAAGCAUCAGUUCUACGGACACAUCGAGGCCGAGACUCGGCGGUACCUGAUGAUGCUCAUGUCGGACCCAGUCCGGUUCAUGGACCACUCUCGCGAGCACUGCGGGCGCAUCAUGUCACGGUUGGCGUGGGACGAGGCCUCACAAGGCAAAAUGAACGGCGAGAGCGCCGACCGCACGCUGCACAACAUGUCGGUCUCGGGACCCAUCGUCAACACCAUGACACCGCUGUGGCACAUUCCAGAGCCAUUCAACAAGUGGAAGUCCUAUGAGAAGCAGAGGAUGGGGACGCAGAAGGCCUGGUGGCUGAAUAACUACAAGAUCGCAAAGGACAAGUACAAGAACGGCCAGCUGCCCAAGGAUACGUGGGCGUACCGCUACAUUGAGCAGGUUGAGCGGGAGCAGAAGGGCAGCCUGGACCAGACUGAUGAUCAAGAAGUAUUUGCGGCGUGCACCAUCGGGUUCUUCAACCUGGUCGGUGUGGUCACAAUUGCAGGGCCGCUGAAAUUCUUCCUCAUGGCUAUGGCACUGCACCCAGAGUGGCAAAAGAAGGCUCAGGAGGAAAUCGACCGAGUCUGCGGUGACCGGCUGCCCAAUUUCGGGGAUUUCGCGGACCUACCCACUGUGAGGGCUGUCCUUAAAGAGACGAUAAGAUGGCGAUCUGGAGUCCCGCUGGGUGUGCCCCAUCAAGCAGAGCGUGAUGACGAAUACCGCGGCGUCCUGAUCAAGAAAGACACAAUCAUCCUGGCAUGUGAAUGGGCCAUCAACCGCGUCCCCGAGAAAUACCCAGACCCAGAGUCCUACCGGCCCGACCGGUGGCUCGACCCGUCCUUCCCGACGUACCAGGAGCCCCUGACAAAGUACCCCAACUUCCGCGACAGCAAGUUCGGGACGCACAGCUUCGGCUGGGGCCGCCGCAAGUGCCUGGGCAUGGACAUUGUGGACAUCGAGCUCUUCGUCACGGGGGCGUCGGUGCUCUGGGCGUUCAACAUGGAGCAGAUGACGUGCCCGCGCACCGGCGAGAAGGUACCCAUCGACUCGCAGGCAACCAACAGCCACGUCAUCCUGGAGCCGUCGCCGUUCCAGAUGAGGUUUGGCCUGCGCAAGGAGGAGAGGAGGAGGAUCGUUGGUGAGGCUUAUGGGGAGGUCGCGGCCACCUUGAAGGUCUACUAG